CCUGGCAUAUAUUACAGAGACCUUGUUGGAUGAAAUAAACAAGAUGGAGACUAGAGCAACAGUGGCAGAAAACACAAGAUGUUUAACCAAAAACAAACUGAAAUCUAUCUGAAGGCCUAUGAUGGGACAAUAAAGUAUCUAUGAAGAAGAUAAUUGCAAAAAAGAUAGAUCCAAUAAAAGAUAGAUCAGUCCAUGUCCUAGGACUGUAUUUUCGAUAGGAUUCUGUUGAAAGCAGUAUUGAACGAGACAGGACUGCAUUUUCUUCUACACCAAAACGUCAAAGAAGCACCUGUCAAUGUAUUGCCGAAGUUAAUUGAAUUGUUAAAGAAAGUCAUCAUGGGAGGAGCUGUGAGUGCAGGAGAAGACAAUGAUGACUUAAUUGAUAACUUGAAAGAAGCACAAUAUAUUCGCACCGAGAGAGUGGAACAAGCCUUCAGAGCUAUUGAUCGUGGUGAUUACUAUCUGGAAGGUUAUAGGGACAAUGCAUAUAAAGACCUGGCUUGGAAGCAUGGAAACAUACAUUUAUCAGCACCUUGCAUUUAUUCUGAAGUCAUGGAAGCAUUGAAACUUCAACCAGGAUUGUCUUUUCUCAAUCUGGGUAGUGGAACUGGCUAUUUAAGCACAAUGGUGGGAUUAAUAUUAGGGCCUUUUGGAAUAAAUCAUGGAAUUGAACUUCAUCCAGAUGUGGUAGAAUAUGCCAAGGAAAAACUUGAGAGCUUCAUAAAAUAUAGUGAUAGUUUUGAUAAGUUUGAAUUUUGUGAACCUGCCUUUGUAGUUGGCAACUGCUUACAAAUAGCAUCAGACAGUCAUCAGUAUGAUCGGAUUUACUGCGGAGCUGGUGUACAAAAAGACCAUGAGAACUACAUGAAAAUCUUACUGAAAAUUGGGGGCAUUCUAGUUAUGCCUAUAGAAGAUCAGCUAACCCAAAUCCUGAGAACUGGACAGAAUACCUGGGAAAGCAAAAACAUUCUCGCUGUUUCAUUUGCACCACUUGUGCAACCAAGCAAGAGUGACACCAGCAAAAAUGAUACUGUAGGACUACCACCCUGUGCUGUUAGGAAUUUACAGGAUCUGGCGCGGAUCUACAUUAGACGCACUCUUAGAAACUAUAUAAAUGAAGAAAUGCAAGCCAAGGGUAUUACUCAAAAGCCUCCACCAAAACGUAAACGCAGAAGGUGCCGUAGGCGCAGAAUUAAUACCUAUGUGUUUGUAGGCAAUCAACUCAUUCCUCAGCCUCUAGAUAGUGAAGAAGAAGAAAAGAUGGAAGAAGACAACAAAGAAGAGGAUGAUAAAGAACACAGUGAAGCCUUGAAGCCAGAAGAACCCCCACGAAAUUUACUGAGGGAAAAAAUUAUGAGCCUCCCUCUUCCUGAAUCGCUGAAAGCCUACUUGACAUAUUACAGAGAAAAGUAACUUUAAAUGGAGGUGAUAAUGCCUACUUGAUAGUUCCAUAAUUCUUGAAAUGUAGCAUUUACUAAGAAAUUCAUGGACAAAUACUGGUAGUCUUUCAGGAAGACUAAAGUACAGUGAUGAAAUGAAACAUAAUUUGUCUUAACUUUGCUACAAGGACUCGCAUUCAGCAGUAGACUUCUAUUUUAAAUCCACUUUUCAUUAUCUUUUUUGAAAAAUGCUCUUUUAACUCUGAUAGAAAUAUAUUCCAAAGCAGUAUACAGCACUAAUUAAGAAUUUGCAUGAUGAAUCUUUUUGCUCCCUGACAAAUUCGUACUGAUGAGGGUUAAUGAAUUUUUUUUACAUGUGAAUAAUUGAACAACUGUGUCCAGACAUCAAUAGGGACUGUCUGCAUUUAUUCUCUAAAGAACAUUCUUGAAUAUGCAGAGAUUUUUCAUCUCAUAUUGAAUUGAACCCUUUAUUUUUACCAUGGCUAUAUAGCAAUCAUUGUUACUGUGUUGAAGUGAAUGUAUUCCAAGGAAUACAUGAGUGCAAUAACUGUGUGCAGACACUGAAUGAGCUGGCUUUAAUGAAAGAUGAACAUUCAAGUUCAGAAAUGUCAGGUAGUCCUGCUAUACUUUCUGUAAUAUUUCUUGCCAAAAGAUCUAAGAAAAGUGACUGCUUCUCUCAGAGCCUUAAGAAGACACUUUGUUGAGUGUGCUUUUUUAAAAAACCAAACAAAAACAGUAAUACAACUCAUUUUCUUUAACACCAGCCUAUACGAUAGUCAUAAAAUAUUUCUCAACUUUACAGUGUUUAUGAAAAAAUAUUUAGUUUCUUCUAACAUUCAUGGUACAGAAAACCUAGUUCUUAUAUAAAAGAUUGUAAUUUAGGUUUCAGCUACUAUAUUUACUACUUAAUAGGGUAGAAUGACUAAAAAGAAUAGCUUGUACUGCUUAUUGGUAUAGCUGUAAAGGAUUCAUUCACCAGGUGCACUUUACAUGGAUUCUGUACCUUAUUUAUCUCAGAACAGGCAAGGCAAAUAGUUCUUACAAUUGUUCUUAUACUCAUCCUCUGGAAACCAGUAACCUUACAAGUUUGGGGACUGACAUUUUUUGACUGUAUUGUUCCAUUUGCUGUUUUCCCCCCCAUUAUUUAAUUACAUUGUUUGAAGGGGUUAUUUUCUUUUUGCAUGAUGGAGUAUCUAAUUUUCACUAGCUUUAUCAUUUUAAAACUUAAUCUAAAAUAUCAGUGGGAUAUUUUGAAUUCAAGGUAUGCUGUAGAAAACGUCUCGUAUUAAGGAUACCUGAUCUUUUAGGGUCCAAUCAAAAGCAUUCCUUAUGGAGAGAGUUCCUACACAAUUCACUAUUGUGGUUAUAUACUUUAUUGUGGUUUAAUACAAUUAAAAUGCAUAAAGCAAAAUAAGAUCAGAAUAUACAGAAAACAUUUUAUAUGUUCUCACAACCUGAUACUUUAAUCAUAGAUGGCAACCAGUUACAUUACACCUAAUCUAAAUGUCAUAUUCUGUGGUAUCUGCAAUAUUAUAAACAUCUUGCUGAACUCCAGUCUAUGAAAUAUGUGGUUUUAAUUUUAGGCUUGAUUCCUUGCUUUAUUUGCUAAUUAAAGCUUUUCGGCAUGGUGAUAUCAAAAAUUAAUUUCUGCAAAAACAAGUUAUUCUGGUUUACUAACCAGCACAUUAGAUUGAUUCCUGGAAAUUUAGACUGAUUAAUAAAUACAGGUGGCUGGAAAUAAGUGUACCAUCCUUGUUUCACAGCAAUAAAAACUUAGAAAAAGUUUUCUAUAUAACUACUGCAGUAAUUCUGAAGGUUCAUCUGUGGGAAGCAUUGACUAUAGAACAUUAGUUUUAUUUGAUAAGAUAGAAUGAGAUUUUAGGCAUUCUGAAAGUCAAGUUGUAUUUUCUGGUCUUGGAAUUUCAUCAUUUCUCAGUUGUCAGAGUGCAAAAUAUUAAAUAAUUAUCUUUCAAGAUAGAACUUUAUAUUUUGAUUGACUCCAUGUGUUUUUUUCCAUUCUGUUGUACUCUUGUUCAAAUAGAUGAGUUAUGAAUAUCCAGUAUGUAAUUUUUUGAGUCACAGAAACAAUGUUUCUUUUGUGUUUGUGAGUUUAUUUCACAUUCUUGGAUUUAUAUUUACUUUUAAAAUAAAAUCAUAAAUUGCAAAAUGAAUCAAAAUUAAACCUUUUGUCAUAAUUCCAA